AUGAUUGCGGCGAACGCCUUGAACGAAGGGACGACGCAACCCUACGAAGACCCCAUUGCCGAGGACUAUCAACGACAACACCAUACCGACGGAGAUUACGUUGAGAAGCAGACGACGAGCAGGUCCAUACGCUCAGAGAGCGGCGUAGCGACGAACAAUCUUGAGAAGCAGACCACAAGGAGAUCGGUCCGAUCAGGAAAGGCAGUCUCGGUGAACAAUGUCGCUGCUAUUCCCAACGGUGGCACCAAAGCAUGGCUUCAGGUCCUCGGCGCGUUCACGUUGUUCUUCAACUCAUGGGGCAUCAUCAACACCUUUGGCGCAUACCAGACCUAUUAUCAAUCCGGCAUCCUCUCUUCUUCGUCACCCUCGGACAUCUCAUGGAUCGGAUCAGUACAAGCUUUCUUGCUCAUGCUUGUUGGUGCUUUGACCGGGCCAAUCUAUGACGCUGGGUACUUUCGGACAUUACUUUCCAUUGGCAGUUUCUUGGUCGUCUUCGGUUUCAUGAUGUUAUCCCUUUGUAAAACGUACUGGCAGGUCAUUCUGGCCCAAGGAAUUUGUGUCGGUCUGGGUGCCGGAUGCUUGUUCGUCCCGUCCGUCGCUAUCUUGAGCACAUAUUUCAGCACAAGGAUUGCCACAGCAAUGGGUCUUGCUGCUGCUGGAAGUAGUCUGGGCGGUGUCAUCUACCCCAUCGUCUUCUACCGUCUCGAGCCGCGCAUCGGUUUCCCCUGGGCAACUCGUGUCAUCGGGUUCAUCGCCUUAGCUACUCUGAUUGUGGCUAACUCAGUCAUGCGUGUACGAGUCCUCCCUGCUGCUCGUCGCGCCGUCUUCGACCUGAAAGCCUUCACCGAGCUGCCAUAUCUCCUCUUCGUACUCGGAGGCUUUACGACCUUCAUGGGACUCUACGCACCCUUCUUCUACGUCGAAAGUUACGGCAUCACGUAUAACAUCACAUCUGAGAGUUUGGGUUUCUACACUCUGUCCAUCAUCAAUUCGGCGUCAGUAUUUGGUCGCAUAAUUCCCAACCUCAUUGCGGAUCGUACGGGGCCCAUGAACAUGAUUGUUCCUUGCUGCUUGAUCUCUGGAGUGGUUGCGCUAUGUCUCAUUCCUGUUCGCAGCGUUGCAGGGCUCGUCAUUGUAUGCCUGCUCUACGGAUUCUUCUCAGGCGCUCUGGUAUCAUUACCACCCACCGUGUUUGUGCACUUGACGCCAAAUCGAUCACUCAUAGGCACACGUAUGGGUCAGGGCUUCAGCAUCAUCUCAAUCGGUUUGUUGCUUGGCACACCUAUCUGUGGAUGGAUUCUGGACGGAAGCAGCUUCACCUACGUAUGGGUGUUUUCUGGAGUGUUGAUUAUCGCAGGCGGGUGUCUUAUGCUGUUGAGCAGGUACUUCAAAGCCGGAGCUAAACUUAUGCAAAAGGUUUAG